AUCGCCGCAGCAUCAGUGACCGAAAAGACACGUCGCCGCGCGGGGACGGACUGCAGCGGACAACAACACUAUGCACACGACGAACGCCGCGCUCACCGGUUGCACCGCCAUGGACCAGUUCGCCGACGAAUAUCUGCCGCAGCAUCGGUACCCCGCGGCCGCCGCCUGCACCACCGCGACUUCCGACUACCACUGCGGCAGCAAUCCUUCCGAGUGCGAACCGGCCGCCGCCGCGUAUCCGCACCACCAUCAUCCGCACAAGGACGGCGGCGAAUACUUCCCGGAACCGUAUUACUACGACACGGCAAUCGCCGCCGCCGGUUAUUGCGGCGGUUACGGCGGUCCGUACGACGCGUACGGCGGCGACAACAACAAUUGGUCGUCGUCGUCGCCACUGGAAUAUUCGUCGUCGUCCGGCGCGGUCGUCGACGGGCCGCAAUGGAACAACUGGACGCCGCCGGACGCCGCCGGACCGCCGGAACUGACGCCGCUGACGCUGCACCCGCCGCCACCGGCGCCUGUACCGUUGCAGGCCCCGGAACCGGUCGGUUUCUGCGACGUCGUCGACGACUUCCGGUCCGCCGAACACGGCUUGUUACAGUUUCAGCCCGGUCGCGUUUCUGCCGAUCAAACCACCUGCAGCAGCGGCGCGGCCGCCACCUCUGCAGCAGCCGACCAAUUAUUAUUCUUCAAAUCAACUUUGAAUGAUAAACCAAUAGUAAACAGAGGUGACCAAAAAAAAUCUAUGAGUAAAUCAUCAACAAAUCAAAGACAAAGAGCCAAACGGAAACCUAGAGUUCUAUUUUCUCAGGAUGUAAUAUCAGAAUUGGAACACCGAUUCAACCAACAGCGUUAUUUAUCGGCUACAGAGCGAGAAUCGAUGGCAUUAAGAUUAAGGUUGACUCCAACUCAAGUAAAAAUAUGGUUUCAAAAUCGGCGAUAUAAAAGCAAAAAGUUAAUAACAUCGGACUGUUUAACAUCAGACAACAAUAAAAAGCCUCCCAGAAGACAAUUUCCAGUAAUAAAGCAUUGUUAUACAGAGUUAACAAGUUUGAUAACAAACAAUAAUCAUAAUUUCAAUCAUAACAACAAAUAUUUUAACAUUUAACCACAUUUCACCUGCAAUCAUUCACUACAAAAAAUUCAAUCAAUAAAUAGGUAUUUAAUAAUAUAACAUCACAUAUUAUUAUGUAAGCAAUUAAUUUGUUUCAUGUAUAAUAUUAUUAAUAGUAUUACUAUUACUAUUAAUUUGAUAGAAUUGUAGAAUUAAAGGGUUGGUACAUAAUAUGUAAGAUUAAUUAUUGUCCUAUUCAAUUUUAAUUUAUUAUUCACUUUUUAAAAUGUUUUUUUUACUAGUCUAUUUGAUUUAAAAAAAUAUAUGAUGAUGUAUUAAUGUAUAAAUCAAAUGUAUAUAUUAUAUAAUUUAUACCAAAGAUUCAACAUGCGCGUACAAUGUAUUUUUUGUUUUUAUUUUUUAAAUUUAUUAUGUAUAGUCAGAUAGAUUAAAAUUAAUUGAAUGUUUACUAAUUACUAUAGGCAGGUACUAUAAAAAAAAUAUAACUUAUAGUAAGUAGUUGUAGGAAUAGUAAAAAUUUACUUUGAACUGAAAAUGUAUUAUAUAAAUGUAUUUUUUUUUAUUUUGUAUUUUUAUUUAUAAAUGAUUAUUGAAAAUAAAUUUAAAAUUAAGUCA